CUCCUUGACAUAGAGACCACAUGUGGUUGUGCACACCUAUGCAACCUGUCACACUCCCUUCACUUAGGGCUGGCAGCUUUGCUCAAUGGAAAAACAGUGAUUCUGUGCUACAAGGCCAAAGGGCAUCAAAACAAAACAAUAAUGGAGGAGUCGUCUGCCAGUGAACCACUCACUUCAGGCUUUGUGCUGGCUGACUAUGCUGUCUUUGCCACCAUGCUGCUUGUCUCUAUGGCCAUCGGACUCUUUCAAGCCCUGAAGAAGAGUUCGAGGCAGGCAAACGCUGACGAGUUCUUCACUGGUGGCCGGAGCUUGCAUGCAGUGCCUGUUGGGCUGUCGCUCUGUGCCAGUUUCAUGUCAGCCGUCCAGGUUCUGGGUGUCCCAGCUGAGGCUUCUCGCUAUGGCUUUAAAUUCCUCUACAUGUGCCUCGGACAAACCAUCAACUCCCUGCUGACAGCUUACUUCUUCCUGCCUGUGUUCUUUCGCCUGGGCAUCAGCAGCACCAAUCAGUAUCUGAAGCUGAGAUUUGGCCGAGGCCUGCAGCUGUUGGGGAGUGUCCAGUUUCUUGUGGCAACGCUGCUUUACACAGGGAUUGUUAUCUAUGCACCUGCCUUGAUACUGAACCAGGCAACUGGACUCAACUUAUGGGCGUCUUUGUUUUCUACUGGAGCCAUUUGCACCCUGUACACCACAAUGGGUGGAGUGAAAGCUGUAAUCUGGACAGACGUCUUCCAGAUCGUUGUGAUGUUGUCAGGCUUUGUGGCUGUUUUAAUCCAUGGCACACUUCUGGUUGGUGGUCCUGCAGUGGUGCUUGAAACUGCAAGGAAUGGAUCGCGCAUUAAUUUUAAUGAUUUUGACCUGAACCCACAGCGGCGCUAUACCUUCUGGAGCCUCUCUGUUGGGGGUGCAUUGGUGUGGUUGUCCAUGUACGGUGUAAACCAGGCUCAAGUGCAGCGCUACAUCUCCUGCAGGACAGAGAGAGCAGCUCAGUGGGCGCUGUUUGUGAACCAAGUGGGCCUAUGCCUCAUUGUGACCUCUGCAGCGACCUGUGGCAUCGUCAUGUUUGCAUAUUACAUCCACUGCGAUCCCCUGAAAUCUGGGAAAAUAUCUGCUCCUGAUCUGUACAUGCCGUACUUUGUGUUGGACAUAUUCAAGAAUCACCCAGGCUUUCCAGGUCUUUUCCUUGCCUGUGCAUACAGCGGGACUUUGAGCACGGUCUCAACGAAUAUCAACGCCAUGGCUGCAGUAACGAUGGAGGAUCUGCUGCGACCUCGUCUUGUCCACAUGUCCCAGAAGAAACUGAUUCUUCUCUCCAGAGGACUAUCUCUCCUGUAUGGAGUCUGUUGUAUCACUGUGGCUGUCCUCUCCUCGCUGCUGGAAUGGGGAGUACUGCAGGGAUCAUUUAUCGUCAUGGGUGUGGUCAGUGGUCCUUUACUUGGAGUAUUUAUUUUGGGAAUGUUUGUUCCGGCCGCAAACAGGCUGGGAGCAUUCUCAGGAAUAAUAUCAGGCUUCUGUGUCUCUCUGUGGUUGGGUGUUGGUUCAUCACUCUACCCACCCAGUGAAGAGACUAUGGGCGUCUUACCCAGCUAUGCAGGCCAGUGUCAAUCUGACAAUGUGACCCUAAACAGCCCUCACCAGGACGAGCACUCCAUAUCCACACCCCUUCACCUUAUUGAUCAGGGCCUGCAUAGCUUUUACUCCAUAUCCUACCUCUACUUUGGUGCUAUGGCAACCAGUACUGUCAUACUUGUGGGGCUGAUAGUGAGUUAUGCAACAGGACCAACAAAGAGGGAUCAGAUUAAAGAGGGUUUACUGUGGUGGGACCUGAAUAAAAAGCAAUUGGAUGUCCCUUCAGAGCGCAGAAUUGGAAUGAUGUCCAGAAUGUUUCCGUGUCUUCUGCACAAUGCAUGCUGGGAUACGCUGCAGCCACCAGUAAGCCUGGAUAAGAUGGGACACGAGGGGACAGACAAUCCACAGCUUGUGCCUUUGAGGAACCUGGAAAAGGUGAUGGGAUGAAACUUCACUGCUGAAAGUCCUCGACAACUGACCUAAAUGAUAUUCCAAUACCAUGUACAGUAUGGUGGUUGUGUUUAAACAUUUAUUUCUCUGAUAAACACUCAAAUAUCUUUCAGUUUUUAAGGUUAUGUGUGUAGGAGCCAUUUAGGGUGAGGUAUUUUGCACUUUUUGUUUACUUAAUACUUAGAUACACUUCGGGAGUGGCCAUUUGUCUCACAGCGUUUUAUUAUUGUGCUGAGGAACAUGGAGACUUGACUGUAAUCAAUUUACUGGAAUGUUAUUUAAAUUCCUUUAGGCUCUUUCAUCUGAACUUUAAUUGUGGUAUGUUCCAUAUCUGUACAAGACACACCUGCACUUCAGCUACAGCUGUAGUCUUCAUGUGACAACAGGGUCGGAUCUCUCUGUGUUUAUAUUAGUUAUUCAGCAAAAAGCUGUGACCUCAAGCUUUCUUCUGUUAGAUCAAUGGCCAGUUGCGGCUUUCCUCUUAAAUAUGAGCAACAGAAAACGCAGCUCUCAGAAUCUUUUUCAGACCAAAUUGAUCUGAAAGAAAAAGUAUAAAUUGCUUUUGGGUUACUGCUCACUCAGUUCACAGAGAUAACAUCUCACCGGACAUGUCACACAUAAAUAACUAGGGGGCAAUGUUCGUAAAAUAACCCAGAACAACUAAAAACAACUGUCUGUCUGGUUGACUCUCAUUCAAAUUGAAGAUUUAAAAAAAACUCGAGAGACUAUAGCCAGUGUUAAAAGUAAGAAAUAACGCAGUCUUAGUGCAUAAAGUCUAAUUAUUCUCUCUCACCGUUUUCAUCCUUUUUAUACAUAGGGCAAAAGGCAGGGUAUAUGCUGCUGUGUGGGCUAGAAUAAGUAUUAAAAACACAAUAAAACACACUCUAAAAUUCACACUUGAAUGUUCCACUGCUUAUUAAAUUAACUCUGAUAUACACAGUCAAGCUGCAUUUAACAGCAGAUAAUCCCAUAAUAUCUGGUUGUUCCCUCCAUGCAGCGAUAUUUACACAGCCUAGUUUUAUAUUGCUAAAGCACCUGCACAUUUAGAAGAUUAAAAUAGAAUUGGAAAAGUAAAAUACAUGUUAUACCUUCUCCUGUGACAACCUUAAUGAUUUAAAACCAACUGUUGUGUAUAAUAUUGAAAAUGUAAUGGCUUAUAAAUGAUCUCCUGUGAGUGUGUGAUGCAUUUUCUUAAAGAUAUUUCAAUUGCCAUUUUAUUUGCAAUAAUUAAAGUUUUCCCAGUGUUGGGCUUAAUAAAGUACAGUUAUAUAUAUCCAUUACUUACAUUUUUAAUAAAAG